ACCACUUCACGUCACCCCGGAGAACGUCCAAAGCACGCGAUACAUGUGUCGGUUAGAACGUCAGUGAGCUAACUCGACUAAAGCGGUUUAAGAGAUAUUUUAGCUUUAGCCGGCUAACGCUGUGAAUCCAAAUCGUGCACCGAAGAGAGACCUUCAUUCCCCGGUGAAGAUGCAGCCUGCACCAGCUAAGUGGUACGACAGACGGGACUGUGUUUUUGUAGAGUUCUGCGUGGAGGACAGUAAGGAGGUGAAAGUACAGUUCGACAAGUCAAAAAUAGAUUUUUGCUGUCUCGCUGGAGCAGAUAAGAUCAAGCACGAAAAUACAUUGGACCUUUUCGCAGAGAUCGACCCCAAAGGAUCCAAACACAGACGCACUGGCAGGUCUGUGUUGUGUUGUUUACGAAAAGCAGAGGGUGGGAAACCAUGGCCACGACUCACCAAAGACAAGCCAAAGUGCAACUGGCUGAGUGUGGAUUUCAGUAACUGGAAAGACUGGGAAGAUGACUCGGAUGAGGAUUUGUCGAGAUAUGACAAAUUCUCAGAGAUGAUGAACUGCAUGGAAGGAGAUGAUCUAUGUGAUCUAGAUGAGCAGUCUCCAGACGGUGAAUCUGAAUAAAUUCCCGACCUUGAGUAGGUUAAUACGAAAUCCACGGCACUAGUAAACAAAGCAAGUUGUAAGUCUGUUGAGGAGAGAGACUGGGCACGAGUUGGCAACCAAGUUGGAGAAGAAACGUCAUCUCUCCACGCUGUUUCCAAAGCGAAGCCGCUCGAGGAGUGAAUAGGAGUGACUGUUGGAUACAGACAUGCACAGAGAUCCGUAGCGACAAACAGUGCUGUGCUUUGGUGUUCUGUUCUGCAUGGACAAUUCUGUUCAAAUGAAAAUGUUAUUGUUAAAUGACUGUAAUGGGAUGUGCUGAUGUUUUACACCUUCUCUUUUUAUUUCGGGCUAAGUAUUGAUCAUUGUGAUUCUUAAUGAAGAAAGGACAACAACUCAGAAUGUCUAUUUUCCCCUCAAAAAAGUAGAUUUUUUUAAUGACAGAUUUUCCCCCUUUAUUGUUUGUAUUGUAAAUUGCACUUAUAAUGUUUGUUAAUUUAAAACAGAACCUGAGUUCUGCUUGUGCUGGAUUUUCCAAUGUAUGCCAGGAUCUGAAAAUGGUUUCAUCAUAUUUCAGCAUUUAGAAUAAUAAACAGAUAUGCUUGUGCAGCAGUUUUGUUGAGAUUAUGGUAGAAGAGUGUUUCAAACUUUGCAUAUAGUACCUUUUGAGAAGGUACGGUUUUCAGUGUGUCAGUGUACCAACAUUGCACUUUGUCACAGGUAUACAAGUUAAUUAUCUUCCAAUAAUCCCAAGUAGUUAAAAUAGUGGAGGAUGUCACUUACACUAUAGGACUAAGAUUUUGAGGCUUUUUUUGUCUUUGUUUCAACCUGUGUUGAACACUUGAGUUGGUCUAAUGCUGUGGGAGUUCAAGGAUAUAUUUCUAAUAAACUGCUUCAGAUUGUUGAACACAAAGUUAA